CUGCAGUCCUACUACAGUGUCUGCUCCGUCUCAAAUACUGUCAGUGAUACUUACCGCUGCAGGGCGGCUUGUCAUAUAGUACCUUUUUAAUUUUUUGGACAGGUGACAGGGACCCGAGACAGACAUGGCUGGCGCGGUGGCACCGAAGCGGCAGGACACCCGGAAAUUUUUCGAGAAUCUGUCCGGCGCUGGUAAAUCCAUCGGAGUGCUGACAAGCGGAGGAGAUGCCCAAGGUAUGAACGCGGCGGUCCGGGCUGUUGUGCGAAUGGGCAUCUAUGUUGGAGCCAAGGUGUACUUCGUCCACGAGGGGUACCAGGGGAUGGUGGAUGGAGGAGACAACAUCAAAGAGGCAACGUGGGAAAGCGUCUCCAGCAUGUUGCAAGUGGGUGGCACAGUCAUCGGCAGCGCCCGCUGUAAAGAGUUUCGUACCCACGAGGGCCGCUUGAAAGCCGCACACAACCUUGUGCAGCGCAGCAUCACCAACCUGUGUGUGAUUGGUGGAGAUGGCAGCCUGACUGGAGCCAACCUGUUCAGAGAAGAGUGGAGCGGCCUUUUGGAUGAGCUCGUCGAACAAGGUCUGAUCAGUAAGGACGCAGCCGAGGCUAACUCGAUGCUCCACAUUGUUGGCAUGGUCGGCUCCAUUGACAAUGACUUCUGCGGCACCGACAUGACCAUCGGCACUGACUCGGCGCUGCACAGGAUCAUCGAGGUGGUGGACGCCAUCAUGACCACCGCUCAGAGCCACCAGAGGACAUUUGUGCUGGAGGUCAUGGGCAGACACUGCGGAUACUUGGCCCUGGUCAGUGCCCUGGCAUGCGGAGCAGACUGGGUAUUUAUCCCAGAAAUGCCUCCUGAAGAUGGAUGGGAGGAUAGCAUGUGUCAGAAACUGUCUGAGAGCCGAUCACGAGGUUCCAGGUUGAACAUUAUCAUAGUUGCUGAAGGAGCCAUUGACAGACAAGGACAACCCAUUACUUCAGAUUUUGUGAAGGAUAACCGCGCCGAUAAGAAAAGGCUGAACAUUAUUAUUGUAGCUGAGGGUGCCAUAGAUUGCCACAACAAGGCAAUAACUCCUGAUUAUAUCAAGGAUCUGGUGGUACGCUGCCUGGGUUUUGACACCAGGGUGACCAUCCUGGGCCACGUGCAGAGAGGUGGGACACCCUCUGCCUUUGACAGGAUUCUGGCCAGUCGUAUGGGUGUGGAGGCAGUGCUGGCGUUACUGGAGGCCUCUGCCAACACCCCGGCCUGCGUUGUGUCUCUGGUUGGCAACCAGGCUGUCCGACUACCACUUAUGGAGUGUGUUCAGAUGACCCAAGAGGUGCAGAAGGCCAUGGAUGAGAAGAAAUUUGACGAGGCUGUGAGACUGCGUGGCAGGAGCUUUGAAAACAAUCUGACCACCUACAGACUCCUCUCCUACCGGAAGGCAGAUUCUGAACUUCCAAAUAGCUCCUUCAACGUUGCGGUGCUGAACGUCGGCGCGCCGGCAGCAGGUAUGAACGCCGCCGUGCGUUCUGCUGUCAGAGUGGGAAUCACUGAAGGCCACAAAAUGUUUGCGGUCAACGACGGCUUCGAGGGAUUUUACAAGGGACAGAUCAAGGAGAUCAAAUGGGGAGAUGUUGGUGGUUGGACUGGCCAGGGAGGAUCACUGCUGGGGACCAAACGAACUCUUCCAGGCAAACACCUGGAGAAGAUCGCUGAGCAGAUUAGGAUCCAUAACAUCAACGCCCUGCUUGUCAUCGGCGGAUUUGAGGCCUUAGAGUCCCUGCUGCAGCUGUACGAGGCCCGGGCCGACUACGAGGAGUUCUGUAUCCCGAUGUGCAUGCUGCCUGCUACCAUUAGUAACAAUGUUCCUGGCACUGACCUCAGUAUCGGCGCUGACACGUCCCUCAACGCCAUCGUGGAGACAUGUGAUCGCAUCAAGCAGUCAGCCAGUGGCACCAAGAGGCGGGUCUUCAUCAUUGAGACCAUGGGGGGCUACUGCGGCUACCUGGCCACUGUCGGCGGUCUGGCUGCAGGCGCCGACACCGUCUACAUCUACGAGGAGCCGUUUGACAUCCGGGACCUGCAGGCCAACGUGGAGCAUCUGACGCAGAAGAUGAAGACGAGCAUCCAGAGAGGCUUAGUGCUCAGGAAUGAGAACUCCAAUGAGAACUUUACCACUGACUUCAUCUACCAGCUGUACUCUGAGGAGGGACGGGGAGUGUUUGACUGUAGGAAGAACAUCCUUGGUCACAUGCAGCAGGGAGGAGCUCCAUCACCUUUCGAUAGGAACUUUGGCACUAAAAUUGCUGCUAAAGCCAUGCAGUGGAUCACACGGACGCUCAAGGAGUCUUACAAAGGAGGGCGAGUGUUUGCUAACUCAGAGGACACCGCCUGCCUGUUGGGGAUGCGUCGCAGAGCCCUGGUCUUUCAGCCCGUGUCACAGAUCCGGGAUGAGACGGACUUUGUCCACAGGAUCCCCAAGGAGCAGUGGUGGCUGAAGCUCCGUCCACUGAUGAAAAUCCUGGCCAAGUACAAGACCAGCUACGACGUGUCCGACUCCGGCCAGCUGGAGCACUUGACCCGGUUCCGAUCCAGAGAGUCCAACAACACGGCGGCCAUCUGAACCGUAGCACUGCUGCCAGAGAGUAUCACUCCAACAGGAAAACAGCUUCACAGAACAGUGACGGCUGCUCACACUAUGACUGAUCGACUGCUGAUUGACUGCAAAUACAUUUAGGUAGAAUUUAAAAGAUAGCUGGUAAUUUUAGAAAGUUAUGCUGUAUGGUAAAGCAUGGCGAUUAUAGGAAGGGAUCUUCUAUUUUUCAGAUAAUGGAUGAUGAAAUUAAGAUAGGGACAUAUUUAACGAGGGUAUGACAUGUGGGAUAGAGCUCUUCACAUAGUUUCAACAAGCUAGCAGAGCUCAAGUGUUUUCUGGAUCCUCAAUCAAAGUUAUUAUAGAUUUAAAUAUAUAUAUAAUAAGCACUCCUCAUCAUGUACUGUAUAAGUAUUUAAGUUUUAGUCCUGAAAAUGUAGCUAUAUUGAUAUUUUUUUUAACUACCUAGCUGAGCAAAGGCCCAUGUUGUGUCAAGGCAGCGAGGCUGAGGUGGGCCAUUCCUUUGAAGCUCUUGUCAUUUUUAUUAUUUUCUACAGCACUUUUAGCCCCAUUAUUAAAGUAAUCCUUUAAAGCUGCUUCUAAAGAGAUAAUAUAUAAAUAUAUGUCAGGAGGAUCACAUUCUGUCAAUCUGUUCACACCUUGAAAAAAUCAUUUUGAUUGUAAAAUGUAAAUGUGACCUGCAGGAGGUUUAGUGAGCCAAGCUUGCCUUGUGUGUGUCCUAUCCAUGCUCAUUGUGUGUAUGAGUGUGUGUGUGCGUGUAAUGUGGUGUUGCCUUAGCCGUUUGUAUCCACCAUGGGCUUUGUAUGUGGCAUCUUGUAACUGUAUUUGUGAGUCGGGUCCUGCUGUUGCUGUAGUUUGGCGGUGAAGUAGAGAAUGUUUGAAACUUGUACGCAACAUUAAUUUAAUGAGCUGGCAGCGUGAUGUGAGUGUCCUGUCACAGAGUAAUAAAGCAUUUAUUGUGUGGAAAGUUAUGAAA